AUGGAUGAGAGCGCGCAGAGGCGCGCUGAGCAGAGGCGCACGGAGGAGCAGCAAUGGCGGGUUUGCAGAUGGGGAAAGGGGGACGGGGGAGCGCAGAUGGGGACAGCAGUGGCGGGCGGACGCAUGGAAGGGAAGGGGGCACGGAUGGGAUGGGGGAGGGAAGGUGCAGAGAAAGGGUGGAAGAGAGGUUAUGGGGAGGGGGGGAAUAAGGAGUCGUUGGAUGGGGAUGGGAUGGGAGAGAAAUUGAGGAAACGGGAGUGGGUGGGGAAGGAAGAGGGGGAGGGGGAGGGGGAGGGGGAGGGGGAGGGGGAGGGGGAGGAGGAGGAGGAAGAGGAGGGAGAAGAAAGGGAGGAAAAAAGACGCGCGGUGCUCCGGAGUGGUGGGAGGCUUGGGCUAGAUGAAACCAAUGGCGAUGGUUUGAGGCACGGGAAGAAUGGGAGGUAUGGCGAUGGUGGAAGGUAUGGAGGAUUCAUGGAAUGGGUGGAGCAGGAGAGGCGUGAAGGUGGGUGUGCUGCCACAGUGGUGGCGGGAGGGGAGGUGGGGGAAAGGUUAGUGGAAGGCAGGAUGGAGGCCAGGGGGGAGGAGGGAAGGGGGGGGUGGGUAGAGGAGGAAGCGUGCAGGGAAGAGGUGCAGGAGUGUGGGCAGAGCGUGCAUGGGACAGUGGGUGAUAGGAGGUGA